AUGCGCGCCUCGCUCACUUUCGCUGCCAUCAUCGUCGCAACCAUGGCUGUCGCUUCUGCCCUUCCUCAGGUUGCUCCGCGUGACCCACCUGAACCCGUAUGCGGUGACGUUGCGGCAUGCUGUUAUGUCCUCGACUUCGGCGUAAUAUCUAGUGAAUGUAAACGACUCGAAGUCGCCCCUCGGAACGUUGAUGAUUUCGACGAAAUCUGCGGCGAACAGGGUGAUUAUGUAGCGCAAUGCUGCGCGAGGGUAGAGGGCCCGACAUCAGUGGUGGUCAUGAGGUCUCUUACAGGAGCAGAGUCACAUCCUUCGCAACAUGGACAUCAACUCCAGCGUCGAUUCAGGAUUCCCCAAGACUUGCCAGCAUCCAUAUCCCGACAUGUCGUACCCGUCACCGAGCCUGACGAUAUCUUUAGAGACUUUCAGAGCCGUCGAGAGCGCAACUAUCAUCUCCUGAUACGGCGCUUCGUCUACCAAAUCCUACAUGGAUGUACUAACCCUGCCUGCAAAACCCCAACAUGCCUCAGCUAUCAGAAACGUACUACCAAAGUUCCCUUGCGCAAGCUUACCUCCUUAAGUGCCCGAACCCUCGCAUGCUAUUUGGCUUCCGAGUCAAACCCUGAAGCUGCUCUCUGUCCAAACUGCCCUCAAGUCUUUCCAGAGCACGAAUCUCAGCCUGCAUUGAAAAAACGGCCGAGGGGAAAGUCACAUAAUGUUACUUUUGAGUCUAUCGAGAAAGAAGACAGCAAUUGUGCCACCCAAAAAAUCGCGGCGAAUGGUCGUCUAGCAAAUUCGGACAUCAGAAGGUCCAGGCCUGGUGUUUUGAUAUCGUCGAGCCGAGGUGCGUCAAUCUCUGGAAACGGCAGGGCAUGCAUUCGUGGUGAGCAGGUUGAUGAGGGAUGGGGAAACGUUUCAGUUGGAACCUACGCCGAUGAGAGUCCGGCUCGUGACCCAAAAUCGUUCACUCAAAGUCUCUUUGAGACUCUGCCAUUGCGAAUGCUGGAAUGGUUGCCGUUUCAGCCGCGCCCAGGAAAUCAGAACGACACACAGUAUCACAGUGCUCCUGAACGAUACGCAACAGAGAGUGAGAAUUCCGCUAUCAGGACGUCCAAGGAUACGAGAGAAACUCCAACGCGACAAACGAGUCAAACCGAUUCUAUCCCAGUCAAACGAGAUCUUUCAAGGCGGCUUCCGUCCGAUAGCUCUCGAAAGCGUUCUGAUGCUUUCCACCAGAAACGGCCGAAAGGUGAUGCACGGAACGUUCAGAAAGACGACUUCGUUCUGGAAGCCGAACACGUAACCAGAAACAGCGUUUUCAACACACUAAAACCCAAGCCGACUGCUUCUGCUGAAAGUCUUCCUGUGUCUAUCUCUGUGCCUGACGAGGCUAAAUCUUCCCAUCCAGGAGAUUCAUCUCCGACCCUCUCGGUUGAAUUAAAACCAGUGCUUGGCAUCGAGACAGUGUCGGAAAAACAAAUAAAGGAGACGAGCGACUCUCUUCACGAUGUGCAGUCCACUCAAAAGGAUGAUCAUCGAAUUGACACGGAUGAUAAAUCACAUCUCUCCAAAACUACUACAGUUGACAAGGAUGCCUCAACGACCACAUAUACAUUAGAAAAAGUCUCCUGGCAGACCUUCACUGACUUGCGUUCGAUGCAAGCGACGCUGGAGAAGGAGUGCCUAGGAUACCGGCUCACGAAUCCAAGGCCCUGGCCGGAUGACGCGAAGGCCCUGCCAGAUCAUGCUCUGCGUUUCUCUGAUUGGACUGCUUUUGUGAAACAAUCCUGCUUCUACCUGCUGAAGGACUCUGCCCGCCUGGCCCGAGCAUUCAAAUGGGAUCAGAAGCCUGAAGAAAACGCUGAUACUUACACAUGGCCAACUUCUAUUUUACCAAUCAAAGGACUAGAAAUCUUUGGGGCUCUUUAUCAUCUGCGGCCUUCAGAGGAAAUACUACACUAUCUGUCACAUUCGUUAGACCAGGUCUUUCUUAGCACACAUGAGCUUAUGCGCCCACCUCGCAGCCGGACCAAUCGUGGUUGGUACUCGGGAGUUACCUUAUCCGCCAAGCAAUCCGUCGAUGGCAACGGGGCUGGACUGAGUGAUAGACAAGCAGCUUUCGUUCUCGCUGUGAGUUUGUAUGCCAUAGGUCGUUUCUCAGCCAUCUCCCACCGGUGCUCUGAGCUCUUGCAUGCCGAUAUUUGCUGGCGUCUCUUUUGCCGAAUCAGGUCGUUUGGUCGAAUACUCCCGGCAGAUUUCGUUGACAUUCUUGAAAAGGAGAAUGUUCCGGAUUGCCACCUUGCCCAUUUACAGUGCCUGGUUGACGUGUUUCAAUGUGAAAUUGCUCUAGAUUUGGUGUCAAAGCUGGCCAGAGCCAUCAGCAAUCGCCUAACAUUCUCAGAAAUCUCGAACGCUCGUGCAAAGCAGGAAUCGUCCAUCAAACGUCAGUCUAUCCUCCAAUUUCUCAUCGAGUACCUCAAGGACUUCAGUGUCCGCCACUUCAGCCUCACCGAAUCCCAAGACCCUGCACUACUAUCAUCCACAACCCUUGAAUGGUUGCGCACGAUUUUGUUGCGUGAUUGGAAUGGUCAUGCCGUUGUUCGUCGACAAGGGGCUAUAGGUGGUGCCUUGCAGAUGCUAGCAGCAAUCUAUGAGGAUCGUGUGAGUCUACGUCUUGACGAAAAGCUUUUUCACACCCCCUUCUUCGCUGAGAGAUUCGACUCGAUGGAAAUGCCAGUAGAGUGGCUUUCCUACCGACCUGAUAACAAGACCUUCCAUCUCCUCUCCUUCUCAUUUCUCUUUCCACCUUCUAGUCUAGUCACAUACUUUCGAGCUCUGAACUUCGCGACAAUGUCCAAAUCGUUCGAAACAGCCCUGAUCACCUCUAAACACGUCACGCAAUUCAUGCGCUCUGGUUUCAUCCAAGCAGCGAACACUGGGCAGCUACAGUCAACGAUGAGACCAGCCGUGGCCUCCUACCUCGUUCUAAACGUGCGCCGUGACAGUGUCCUUCUGGACGCCAUGAAUCAACUUUGGAGACGUCAGAAACGAGAGCUGAUGCGACCUCUGAAGGUGAGGAUGGGUAUGGAUGAGGGUGAAGAAGGUGUAGAUCAUGGUGGUGUCCAGCAAGAAUUCUUUCGCUGUCUCUUUGCAGAAGCAUUGGAUCCCUCAUAUGGAAUGUUCACGAUUGAUGAAAGAACAAAGAUGACCUGGUUUCAGCCGUGCUCGUUGGAGCCGCUGUACAAGUUCGAGAUGCUUGGGAUACUUUUCUCCAUUGCUGUGUAUAACUCGAUCACUUUGCCGGUCACCUUUCCACUUGCAUUCUACCGCAAGCUCUUGGAUCUACACGUAAAGAAGUUGGAUCACAUUCAAGAUGGCUGGCCUGGUCUCGCUAAAGGUCUUCAAGAGAUGCUCAAUUGGUCUGAAGGUGACGUUGGAGAUAUUUUCAUGAGGACUUAUCAGUUCAGCUUCGACGCUUUUGGAGAGCAUGUUGACGUGGAUAUGCAGAAGAUCUCUCGAGACCAACCGUGGCCGUCUCCCAAUCAACAGAACAAAUCGACUCAGAAAACCAAGUCAAGCGGCACGCCAUCCGGAUCCGAAGGCGAAGACCUAGACAACAAGGAGAUGCUGAAUAAAAUACCUACCUCGUGCAAGAGUGGAGUUUGCAGUUCAUCCUUAUCCGAACCGAGCACCACCUGCGAAGCCGCCCUCGUCACCAACGCCAACCGCAAACAAUAUGUCAAAGACUACGUCUUCUGGCUGACCAGCAAAUCCAUCCACCCCCAAUACGAAGCCUUCUCCCGCGGCUUCUACACCUGUCUCGACCGCACCGCCCUUUCCAUCUUCAACCCGGCCGCCCUCAAAUCCGUCGUAGAAGGCUCACAGCACAUCGACAUCGACGAACUACAAUCCAUCACCAAUUACGAAGAUGGCUUCACCGUCGAUACACCCACUAUCCUCCAUUUCUGGGACGUGGUUCGCUCCUUUCCAGACGAGAAGAAGAGGGGUCUACUGGAGUUUGUUACGGCGAGUGAUCGGGUGCCGGUCAAUGGGUUGAGCAGUAUUGUAUUUGUGAUUCAGAGGAACGGCUUCGAUGAUAGGAGAUUACCGACCAGUAUGACUUGUUUUGGGAGGUUGCUGUUGCCGCAGUAUUCGAGCCGGGAGGUUCUGGAAGAGAAACUGGGAAAGGCGAUCGAGAACGCCAAGGGGUUUGGUGUUGCUUGA